AAUCCCUCUCUCUUCCUAUAAAUCCCUAUAAAUCCCAAACCCCAUUUUCAUUUCAUCUCAAGCUUUCUUCUUGAUCGAUUCCUAGAUUGUUAAUUAACCCUCCAUUUCUUUUUUGACGAAAGUACUGGUAGAGGUCUCAAGUUUCGUGAUGACAGAAGAGUUUCAAGAAGCCGAGGUGAUCUUCUCGGAGAACGGAGAGUCCUGCUUGGAUUUCCGGCAACAACAGCAACAACACGCUAAGAAGUCGUCGGUGACAAAGAAGAAGAAGAAAACGGUGCCAGUGAGGAUUCCGAAUCAUGUGUUCGACUUCCGCGGUGGGGGUGGUGGUGGUGUUCUUAAUGACGUCGACGACGAUGAGCGUUACUACAAGGACGAAGGAGAGAUAGUGCCGCCGCAUUUGAUCAUACGGCGGCGCGUGGAAGGGAAGAUGGCGUUUUCAGUGUGCACCGGAAACGGAAGAACUCUGAAGGGGAGGGAUUUGAGUCAAGUCCGGAAUUCCAUUCUCAGAAUGACCGGGUUCUUGGAAGCUUAAUUAAUUAAUCAGAGUUUUAAUUACAUUCAUUUGUUUUCGUCAUUAAUUAGAUGAAGAACAUACAAAGAUCAUUUUUUUUCUUUUUCUUCAGUGGCUUUCCCUUCUCUUGGGUAAUGAUAAUCCAGUUGUAAUCUGUAACGGAAAACAAUGAUAUUGAUUCCGAUUUGGUGUAUA